CGUCGGAGUUGUCCUGUGUGCAGACACAUCAGUGAUCGCUGAGCUCGGGCUGCAGACAGCAACGAAUAUCAAUCGGACUAAUUACAUUCGUCGCUGGGAAAGAAAAGAAAAGAAAAACUCUCGUUGCUUUAGUUCAGUCAUUCACUCUCGCCCGUGCGCCGGCUGGUUAUCCCUCCGACGGAUCCACAUCCUGGUAAACGUCGCGAAGUUCAAAUAUUUGCAGAAGUGGUCUUUCAAACCGAUCGGACUCGAUCGGAGUGAGCAGCCCGACCAGCCGCGACGUCACGACACGGAUCCACGUCACCAGACCGGUGCGUGGCUUUGUCGGAUUUGUUGCGUCUCGUCUUUAUUUUUUGUUUUGCACAUUCGCAAAAGUUUAAGCGGAGUCAACUUUCAGCUCAGAGCUGAGCCAUCUUUGCAGUUGUAUCUAUCUAUCUCACGAGUGUUGAGUUUCCUUGGCCUUCUUGUUCUUCACCCGAACACCCCGGAGGUGGGACAGGGGCAGGACACCGGCCUCCUUGACCUGCACGGACCACGUGCACCUAUUGACUCCAUUGUUGUCUGCUAACUUUGACACGGAGUCCUCGGCGAUGGUUUUGUCCCCGUCACACUCGUGGAGGCUGAAGUAUGUGUCUCUGGGGGUGCUGGUGUUGCAGACCACCUCGCUGGUGCUCACCAUGCGCUACUCCCGCACCCUGAAGGAAGAUGGCCCCCGCUACCUGGCCUCCUCCGCUGUGGUGGCGGCGGAGGUGCUCAAGGUCCUCGCCUGCACCCUCUUCGUCUUCAAGGAGAGUAAUUUCAAUGUGCAGGCAAUGAACCAGCUGCUGAAGGAGGAGAUUGUGAACAAACCCAUGGAGACCAUGAAGCUGGCCAUCCCUGCAGGGAUCUACACGCUGCAGAACAAUCUGCUCUAUGUUGCCUUAUCCAACCUGGACGGAGCCACCUAUCAGGUCACGUACCAGUUGAAGAUCCUGACCACGGCACUAUUCUCUGUCUCCAUGCUGGGGAAGAGGUUGGGCAUCUACCAGUGGCUCUCCCUGCUCUUCCUCAUGGCUGGAGUCACUCUAGUGCAGUGGCCCACUGAGUCUGAAGGUACCGAGGAGCAGAAGAUCCUGACGGCAGGCUCUCAGUUUGUGGGACUGAUGUCUGUGCUGAUGGCCUGUGUUUCCAGUGGCUUUGCUGGAGUUUACUUUGAAAAAAUCCUGAAGGAGACUAAGCAGAGCGUGUGGGUCCGUAACAUACAGCUGGGUUUGUUCAGCUUUGUAUUUGGCUUCGUAGGAAUGAUAAUGUACGAUGGCCAGAGAGUGAGACAGUCAGGAAUAUUUCAGGGCUACAACACUAUAACCUGCACCGUUGUCGUCUUACAGGCUCUGGGCGGGCUGGUCAUAGCCGUGGUCAUUAAAUAUGCAGACAACAUCCUCAAAGGAUUUGCCACUUCUCUGUCCAUCAUCGUGUCUGCUCUUAUUUCAUAUUUCCUGUUAGACGACUUUAAUCCCACUGGUGUAUUUUUCUUAGGCACAAUGCUGGUAAUGGCUGCCACCAUUCUGUACAGUUACCCGCACAAAUCUGCCAGUGUUGGCACCAUCAAGAUAGAGAACUGUCCGACCUGACCGGAGGACAAGUCACCAUGCAGGAAGUGGAGUGGAGCUCCACGAGCUGUGGCAGCAAGUUGUGGCAUUUGGAAAGUAGGGAUGUUGGAACUGUGGAGGUGAUCCAACCUGACACCUCCAAUCAACGACGAGCAGAGGUUGUUGGGUGUGAAUGUGUCCCAUCAAGCCUCUGGGAAAAUACUACUUUGCACUAAAGUUAGGGUCAAUAAUGUACAAUCCAUUUUCUUUCAUGAUGUGUUUUGUCUGACAUGUGAGAACACACUGUGCAUGCAGUACAAAGGGACAAGGAGCCCAUGGCCAUGUGGGUGUUUGGAAAUUUACAUUUCAUCAUUCAAUAUUUCAGUUGUGCCUGUUAUAUAAUGUGGGUAAAAUUAUACUGUAUUUACAAAAUGAAAAGGGAGUUGAAUGGGCCUGUCACCAAAAGAGAAGAAUCCUUGACAGAGCUUCCACCUAGUGGUGGAAUGAAGAGCUGACUUGCUCUUCAUUCCAGAGGAGGGGGGGUUGCCUCUGUUCAAAGAUGCUGAAUGUCCUUUUUUAUAUGAGAUAAGAUGGGAUGGGACUGUUUUGACCUUGCUGCUCACAGUCUGAGACUCAUUCUGCUGUUAUUUAAAUGCAAAAUCAAGGUCUUUGUGUAAGAACAAGUGCAUAAAUUAAGGUAAUUGUUUAUGCUAAAGCAACCAACUCUGCCUUGAUGGUUUUUCUUACUUCAAAGAGAAAUGAUUGGAUAAAUUGUGCACACACACGCUAAUGCAUGCACACAGAUGUAGUCACACCCAUGAAUAUUUUGAACAGGUUUUUUUUCCAGUAGCAGUGCACUCAAAAUCAAAGCAGUCUCUAUAGCAACAGAUGGCUGAAAGAGCAGCGGUGCAGUGAUAAAUAUGGACCCACUGAAUUAUUAUAACCUCUGUGUAUUUCACAUGAUAGUAACAUACGUUGUUUCGGUUUUUUUUAUUUAACAAUGGCCCAGACAGAUAAAAACUGAUUUUAGCUGGAUUAACAAAUUA